CGCCCGUCCACCGACAUGUCUCUCGCUCUAGUUCCAUCUGGAGGCAUUUAUUGACAUCCUAUCCUCUUCAGGCAAACUAAUGGCGGAUUAGAUUAGCCUGGUCUCUAGAACCUCCUCCUCCCCCUCUCCGGUGUUUAUAAGCACGCCACCUCCCCCCGCAGUUUCUCGCACGAUCCAACGGCGCUUAUCGUAUCCCUCCCACGCCACACCGCAUCACACCACAUUCUCCGCAGGAACGGUGGGAAGGAAAACGUGCCCGUCGAGAGGAAGACAGGACAGCACGAAGAGAUCAUGUCUGGGACCACCACGACUACCAAGCUGCGUCGCAACUCGCGCAUUCGUCGUGCCUUGAAAGCACCCGACCGCCCCGUCGCCAUCCGGAGGGAAUACGUGACUGACCGCAGGACCACCCUGGUCCUGAGGCCCGUGGGCGACUCGUCCUCCGAGAUCUCCUACAGUAUCGCCGACCUCGAUGGCAUCCCGCAGUUCACCGUGACCGGCCGGAAGUUCAGCGACCGUCCCUGCCGAGAAUUCCGCGACGCCUCGGGACUGCCACUCUUCGAGCUCCACCGGAAGAUCUCGUUUCGGCCGGCGUGGAACGUCAGUCUACCUGGGAGCAAGAAAGCGACCAUUGCCAGCGCCGUGCCCCGGAGAUCGUUUGCGGCCGCGCAGCUCGGCAGCUUCGAUCUCGCGUUUGAGAACUUCGCGGCGUUUGAGUGUAAGGGCGCGGAGGAUAAGAUGGUCAAAUUGGAGAUCGAGACGCACGGCAACGUAAUCAAGACCUUUGACGUCGUGGAUGGGGAUCGCAAGAUCGCGGAGAUCAGGGAAAGCAUUCCACACAAUCGAACGCUGGCGUUAUUGCCGGAGUCGAGGAGAGGCUGGAGACCUAUCAUGGAUAUUGACAUCAUGCCGGAGGUGGACAUGUCGCUGGCGACGGUCAUUGCGGUCAUUGCCUCGGACUAUUGUUUCAGCGCCAAUUACUCGUAGGAUGCGGUGGCCAAGGACCGUGACCACUUCAAUGUUGUUUGUUAACUAAUGGGGCAUGAUGAUAUGACGUCUAACGCCUGGGGUACCAGCCUGACCUCUGCUCCCACAUUCGGAGACUCGCAUUUAUUCCAUGGCAUUUGUUUACAUUUCUUUCUUUAUUGCUGGCUGCUUUGCGGCGUAUAAUUUGAACCUCGCGAUUAGUAUUGAUAGCGUUAAGCAGGCAGUUAUCUCGCCACAGUUCAGUGUCUAUUUUCAAGAACCACAGGUCAAACGGGGGACGAGAACGGUAGAGACAGAAAGGCCUCUGGAAUAUCUACAAUAUUGAUUGGAAAUGGAAGGGUAACUGGAUACAUAAUACAACAACGCCAUCAUGCACUUGAUCAAAUCA